CGUUGACACGCCUACGUUGGAAAGUUGGAAGGAGGAAGCUUGAUCGUCGUACGGCGGUGUUUGGUCAUUGUUCAUGGGGGAACCGGUGACUGAGAUUCGUAGUGACAUCAAUCGACCUGUGCCUCCAGGAUGGCAACGACUGCACUCUGAUGAAGGAACUUACUACUGGCAUUCAGCUACUGACACAUCACAGUGGGAGUACCCCACUGGCAACCCUUACCAUCAUCAUGAACAGCACAAUUACAGUAAUGUAACACUGUCAGACAACAAGGUUCUCAUUGAAGAGGACUUGUAUGCAGAACCUCCUAUUGAAGAUGUGCGUACUCUUCAGCAUGUCUUAGAAACAGACAGAAAAACAGGUAUGAAAUCGGUAUAUGUGAAUGUGGAUGGAGGUGGCUUAAUCAGACAGCCAGUUCCUGCACGAUUACCCAGAAUGUCUGGCAGGUCGAGUCAAUCUUCAGGCAAGACUGAAAGAGGAGAUGUCAAUAAAGAUAAUGACAUAAAAGUCAUUGACAAAAUGCAAGCAUGCAACACUUCAAUGGAAGUAGAAAGUGUUCAUAUCAAGCCAAAAGCAAGUCCUCAUUCGAAAUCUAUUGAUUAUGAUAUUCCAAGAGUGGUGAGAUCAUGCUCUCCGCCUGAAGUUGCUACUUCUAGUCAUCAAGCUCUUCGUCGUGUUAAGUCCACUCCAUUGGAAUCAAAUUAUGAUGUUCCAGUGGUUCCACCUAAGCAAGGUGUUGUACAAUCAGAGACUAGAGAUCAUGUCUAUAGAAUUCCACCGACUACCAAACCUAGGCCACAGCUUCCAAAGCCUUAUCGGGCAAAAUCGGGCAAGUCCAUUGAUUCAAUUGAUGAUAGACAAAAAAGGGUACCACCCAAAAAGCCACAGCGUCGUACAAAGAGUGAAAGCAAGAUGUCAACUAGUCCUGAUGAUUUGGACCCUAUCUAUUCACAGCCACCAGAUAGCCAAAUGCCAGCUACAGAUGAGCGCAAUUAUGCUGAGCCACACAACAGCCAAGUGAAGUCGGCUGCUCAGAAGUUAUACAACAAGCUGGAAGGAGGUGUGCGGGAUGAUGAGUCAGCUAAAGAAGGAAAAGCUCUUUAUGAUCAACUGUUGAGUACCUCCUCAGUGCAACCUUUGCCGAUGGUCAACUCUAAAGUUGCUGAAUAUAGUCAUUUGGAGAGUAAAGAGAUAAGAGGUUUGGACGAGAAGGAGAAACUGAGACGAAUGAAAGAAGAGAGGCUAAAGUAUCACAACUAUGAAGAAUUGGAUCAGCCUUUGCAAGCAACCAUGGAACAACUGCCUCCUAAUCAGUUCGUAAAUACUAAACCAUCUAAGUACAAAGAUUUCUCUGAUGAUGAAGCAGUGAAUUCCAAGAAGAGACAGAUACAGGAUGUUGAAAUUGCAGCAGGAACUGGAGAUAAUCUUUAUGAAGUUCUAUCAGAUCAUGAGCGGUUUACUGAAUCAGCAAAUGAUGAUCAGGACGGAGAUGGGGAGAGAACAAGUUUGAAAAGCAUGGAAAACUAUAGUGUAAAGCAUGACAAAUUGGAGGAUGUUGACGAGUUGGCUUGGGAUGACACACCAAUAGAAGCUGCAUUUAGAGCAACACAAUCACCUAAUCCUACAUCUAAUAGCUCUCCAUGGAACAGCACUGCCAGCAGUGAACAGAUUGACAGUGUUUAUGCGGUUGUGGAGCAGAAAAAGAAGAAAGGUGGUUUAAAGAAUGAAGAUGGACUGCCAGAUGGAUGGGAAAUUGUUAAUGACAGUGAGAGAACGUACUACUGGCAUGUACCAACUGGAGCAACACAGUGGGAGAAACCAACAGUUGAGACGAUACAGGAGAGAGACAGAACUUAUACAGCCGAGAAACCACCACCUGUACCAGUAAAGACAGAUGCAGCAAAUUUUUUGGUGGGAGCUGUUCAGUCAUCCGCUACUAAUGUUGAUGCUGAUGUUGGUCUAACGAGUCGAAUGAAAGAACUGAAGUCAGCUGACAUGAGAUUCUCUUCUCUAAAUAUAGGAGGAUCAUCGCCAAACAUGAGAAGACGCUUGAAUAUGACAGAAGAGUCAGUGGAUGGAAUUCAGACAUUCACUGCUGUGAGUGUUGGGUGGGUUCAGUUGGAGGAAAGUCAGUUAUUAGGUGGAAAGGGAAGCUCAGCUGUAAGUGACUCUAUUUAUUAUAUCGUGCAAGGCAAGGCAGUUGACAAAGAUGGGAAUCCUGUAAUAACAGGACAUAUGUGGGAAAAGGAGAAAGCAUUGUAUCUUCAGCUUCAUGGUGUUAUGCUGAAACUUAUUGACACAGAUGAUAAGAAAGUUCUUAUGACUCAGAGUAUUGCAGGCAUUCGGCUGUUUGGGGCAGGAAGAGACUGUGGACAGCACUUUGCAUUUGUUGCUCGGGACAAGGUGACUCGGCGUCAUCGCUGCCAUGUCUUUCAAUGUGACGUUCCUGGCAAUGUAGUUGCUAUGGCAUUAGAACGAGUUUGUAACAAGGCAAUGAAAGAGAGAGAAGAACGGAAGCGUCAAGAGCAACUUGAAGAAGCAGGUCAUGUUGGAAGACGCUUAGCACGGCUGGGUGAUAUUGGUGUCUCAACUGAGCAAGAGAAGAAGUCAUUUGCAGCCACUUACUUGGGCAAGACAGAUGUACCAAAAGGAACGGGUGUGGAGGUAGUGCACAAUGCAAUUGAGAAAUUGAGGGCUUGCAAUCCUCGAACCUGGCAGGAGGUUAUUAUUGAGGUGAUGUCCAGCAGUGUCAAACUUAUAGACCAAAAAACUCAGCAAGUCAUACAAGAGCAUAGAGUUUCUCUUAUCUCAUUUUUAUCACUUGCAAAAGACAAACACUAUUGUGGGUAUAUCACUAGUCCUAGUCGUGAAAUCCACUGGUGUCAUGCAUUUGCAAGUGAAGAGUCUAGUGGAGGUCUGACACGUGCCAUUAAAGAGGCAUGCCAUACUCGGUAUAACAGUGUUGUUGAGUCUCGGCAAGGUCUACAGCAACCAUCUGUGGACAAAAAUCCUGCACUGCCUGUCUCAAACUUUCACAAAACAUCAGCCAUCUCCGCAGGUGCUGGGGCUGCAGUGUCAGCAUCACUUGCUCCUUCAUCUUCAGAUGCUGCUGAUUUGUCAACUGAUGGUACAAGUGGACUUCAGGAAGGAAAGACAAUGAGAGGAACUCUUCGAUCUUUGUUUACAAAGCUUGACCCUCGUCGUUCAACCAAGAAAAGUCAAGAGAGCUUACCCUCUGUUUCUUCCUAUGUACACUACAUGGGCUCAGAAAAUAUGCGAUCACGUGAUCUAGAUUUUAAAGAAGGCCUUGAUGGUGCAAUGAGGCGGUUAAAGAACAGUCGGUUCGUUAUUGCUUGUGAAUGUGCUGUGUCAGCAAGUCAUGUCACAUUGAUUGACAGCCAGAGACGAAGUUUCUCAAAAAGACUUUUUCCCCUUCUCUCCAUCAUGUACAGUGACCGGCAUGAGGAUGUGUUUGGAUUUAUCACAAAUAAAGACAAAAUUCAUGUCUGUCAUGUUUUUACAAAAAUGGGGAAAUGUGAUGUUGAUGCUGUAUGUCAGGCAAUUCAGAGUCGCAUCAAGCAAGCCUAACAAGACAAACUUAAUGAUUAAGCUGUUUGAUUAUUGGACAUUGUUUUCUUAUGGUUGCUUGUAGUUCUUCACAGAACUGUCACACUUGUGAGGCGACAGCAGUCCUCCAAUCAUCUGUGGAGUGUUUUAGUUGUGCAUCUAACAGUGUCAGAUUCUUAAACUUCAUGUUUUUAAUGGUUGUGCAGAUGUACUGUCUAUUUAGUUAUGAUAACAUAAACAUAUAACGUACAAUACUAAACCAUAUGUGGGUCCUCUCUUCUUUG